AGUUUAAAAUUUUCCAUUUUCCUGCUUCCAGAUUUUAUUAUUUUAUAUAUAUAUAUAUUUUUUUUACCUGUAUGGCGUCUGACACGUAGGAUCAUAAUUCGCGAGGCACACCACGUAGUUUUGCUGAGCUGGAAUGACGCCUCAACAACUCGCGAAUUCUCGAAACGCAAACUCCUAGUCUCCUCUAGAACUCUCUACUACUUUCGAAUUCAAUAUCUCAUCAUCUUGUAUCUUCUACUCCUCUCUCGAAUUUUCUGUUCACCUCUCCGCCCUUAUAUAUAUAGACCCACCGAUCAACUCCGGUCACCAUCAAAACAACACAAGAAAGCAAAGCAAAACAAAGCGAACUUCAAACAUCACGAACUUUCUCCUACCAGUCUCAGAAAACCCCAAGUUUCAGAUUUCACGUUUACAGGUUCAUUAAUGGCGAAAACUGAAGGAAAGGCCAUUGGCAUUGAUCUGGGUACUACAUAUAGUUGUGUGGGAGUAUGGCUAAACGACCGCGUUGAGAUCAUUGCGAAUGACCAGGGUAACCGGACUACUCCCUCUUAUGUUGCUUUUACAGAUACUGAGCGGCUCAUUGGAGAUGCGGCGAAGAACCAGGUCGCCAUGAACCCGCAGAACACAGUGUUUGAUGCUAAACGUCUGAUUGGAAGACGCUUCUCUGAUCCUUCUGUGCAGAGCGAUAUGAAGCUCUGGCCAUUUAAGGUCGUCGCUGGACCAGGUGACAAACCCAUGAUUGUGGUUCAGCACAAGGGUGAGGAGAAGCAGUUUUCAGCAGAGGAGAUUUCUUCAAUGGUGCUCACUAAGAUGAAGGAGAUUGCCGAGGCCUUUCUAGGUCAAAACGUGAAGAACGCGGUUAUUACUGUCCCUGCUUAUUUCAAUGAUUCGCAGAGACAGGCGACUAAAGAUGCCGGCGCUAUUUCUGGGAUUAAUGUGAUGAGAAUCAUUAAUGAGCCCACGGCUGCCGCAAUCGCUUAUGGAUUGGAUAAGAAGGGUUCGAGAACCGGCGAACAGAACGUGCUUAUUUUUGAUCUCGGCGGAGGAACUUUUGAUGUUUCGUUGUUGACUAUUGAGGAAGGGAUUUUCGAAGUGAAAGCCACCGCCGGUGAUACUCACCUUGGCGGUGAAGAUUUCGAUAACAGACUUGUGAAUCAUUUUGUUGCAGAGUUCAAGAGGAAGCACAAGAAGGAUAUCAGCGGUAAUGCAAGAGCUCUGAGAAGGUUGAGAACAGCUUGUGAGAGGGCUAAGAGGACUCUCUCUUCAACGACUCAGACUACAAUAGAAAUUGAUUCUUUAUACGAAGGUAUUGAUUUCUAUUCCACCAUAACCAGAGCUCGAUUUGAGGAAUUGAACAUGGAUUUGUUUAGGAAAUGUAUGGAACCUGUGGAGAAAUGUCUUCGAGAUUCGAAGAUUGAUAAGAGUAAUGUUCAUGAGGUUGUUCUUGUUGGUGGAUCAACAAGGAUUCCGAAAGUUCAACAGUUGUUACAGGAUUUCUUCAAUGGAAAAGAACUCUGCAAGAGUAUAAACCCUGAUGAAGCUGUCGCGUACGGAGCUGCUGUACAGGCGGCGAUUUUGAGCGGUGAAGGGAACGAGAAGGUUCAAGAUCUUCUCCUUCUCGAUGUUACUCCUCUAAGUCUCGGAAUCGAAACCGCCGGCGGGGUAAUGACGGUUUUGAUUCCGAGGAACACGACGAUCCCGACGAAGAAGGAGCAGAUUUUCUCAACUUACUCUGAUAAUCAACCCGGAGUGUUAAUCCAGGUCUACGAAGGUGAACGAGCUAGAACGAAAGACAAUAAUCUGCUCGGAAAAUUUGAACUCACCGGAAUCCCGCCGGCGCCGAGAGGUGUUCCUCAGAUCAACGUCUGCUUCGACAUCGACGCGAAUGGAAUCCUCAAUGUCUCUGCAGAGGAUAAAACUGCUGGUGUGAAAAACAAGAUUACGAUUACAAACGACAAAGGAAGAUUAAGCAAAGAUGAGAUUGAUAGAAUGGUUCAGGAAGCAGAGAGGUACAAAGCAGAAGAUGAACAGGUGAAGAAGAAGGUAGAAGCUAAAAACUCACUUGAAAAUUACGCUUACAAUAUGAGAAACACGGUGAAGGACGAGAAGAUCGGAGGAAAACUUAAUCCAGCAGAUAAACAGAAGAUCGAGAAGGCGAUUGACGAGACUGUUGAGUGGCUAGACAGAAACCAAUUAGCAGAAGUUGAGGAACUUGAGGACAAAUUGAAAGAACUUGAAGGAAUCUGCAAUCCGAUCAUAGCGAAGAUGUAUCAAGGUGGUGCAGGCGGUGAUGUGCCGACGGGUGGUGAUCCAGGCAUGGCCGGUGGAUAUGGCAAGGCUAGCUCUGGUGGUAGUGCUGGUGCUGGACCAACCAUUGAAGAAGUUGAUUGAGUUAAUGGGAGGUUGUUAAGAGUUUUCUGUUUUGGUUUGGUUUGUUCUGUUUCUGCAUUUUGUUGAGUGGGUUUAGGGUAAUGUGUGAUAAAUACUUGGAAAAUAAUCAUAAGAAUGUAAAUGUCUUUUAAAAGUUAAAUAUGUUUAAAAUUUUAAAUUUUUUA